GUGAAAAGCUCUGCCAACGUGAAGCUUUUACUAUUACUAUUAGGCGGCAGCAGGGAUUGCAAUCAAGCGCUUUGGAAAAGCUUGCUUUCUCACGAGGGGUGAGCAGCCGUCUGAAGGUUCGGCGGUAGAGGCACAGGGACAGGUUGUUUGCAGUCUUAGCUGGAAGAAGCUGCUGUGGAGAAGCUGGUGAUUGUCUGUAACGUUUGAUCUGAUAAGAGACCGACGAUGUUGGCCCGGAGCCUCGGUAGGAGGCUGCUCGAGGCCACCCUUGUGGCAGCUCGGGGGGGGCCUGAGGUGCAGGCGGCGCAGUAUGCCCUGCGUGCGAUCUCCACAGGCGCCGGGAUCCAUGAAUGGACGCCGCUCUCUGGAUCACAGGAUGACAAGCACAAGGGAGACUUCUCUGGCCUGACGGCGUGGCAGAGGGCAGCUCUGAAGGGUUUCGCAACCGACUCCGUCACUGUCUCCCGCCCUGCCACCCAGCUCGCCAUCAAGAACCCUAGCCCCUACAUCACGUACGACGAGCACCAGCACGCGCGCCUCCCCCCCGGCGACCCCAGCAAGCGCGCCUUCACCUACUUCAUCCUCAGCGGGGGGCGCUUCAUCUACGCCUCGGCGCUGCGCCUGCUGGUCCUCAAGUUCAUUCUGAGCAUGCAAGCUUCCAAGGAUGUGCUGGCGCUGGCCAGUCUGGAGGUGGACCUGUCCAGCAUUGAGCCGGGGAACACGGUGACGGUCAAGUGGCGGGGGAAGCCCGUGUUUGUGCGGCACCGGACGGAGGAGGACAUUGCGAAGGCCAACGACGUGCACCUGAACGAGCUGAGGGACCCUGAGGAGGACUCGGCUCGUGCCAAGAACCCCGAGUGGCUGGUCGUGGUUGGCGUGUGCACCCAUCUCGGUUGCGUGCCUCUUCCAAAUGCUGGAGAUUACGGUGGCUGGUUCUGCCCGUGCCACGGAUCCCAUUACGACAUCUCAGGCCGCGUGCGCAAGGGGCCUGCCCCCUACAACCUGGAAGUGCCCGAGUAUUCAUUCAUAGAGGAGUCCAAGCUGUUGAUCGGAUAGGCCGGUCUGUGUCAAGGUUAAAGUAAGGUUUCGUACCAGAUUGUCAUGAUCUGUGCACCUCACAUUAAACAUGAAAGGUUGCUGUUGGAAGUUUCACAACAUUGGAAUAUGCAUCCUGAUGUAGGAGCCCAUAUUGUUACUAGAAUUGGACCAAUUCGCAUAGACUGUCGGGAUCUCCGGCCGCAAUUCGUAAGACGGUAAAAGUAAUCAUCUCCAACAACACCCUUUUGUGCCAGUGCGUGUAUGUUUUCAUAAGCUCGAGCAUCAUGAGGCUGCCCUGAGCAGUGACUAACUCUUAAGUGCUUAAGAUUUUGGACGUGCUAGGCACUAGGUACAGCUUGCUAAAUAGAGGACCCG